AGAAAUCAAAACAUCAUACCUACUGUGUGAAUCAAAAACAGAUCAUAAUAAUAUUUAUUGCAUAUUGUGUAUUAUGCUUUGCACUGAUAUUGUAUAUAGAGUGAUAUGUUGAUGCUCGUUUUAAUUUAUCAUCAUGAAAUCGUCAUAUAAGACAACUAUUCGUUUGUGUUUAGAUAUUUGUUUUUAAUAAUUUACGUUUUUAAACUUUAUUUUAUUUUUGCUUUACUAAAUUUGUCUUGAUAAAGAUUUUCAAAUACAAGAAUAUCGACUAAUAUGAUACCAUCAAAUACUAUUUGUGUUUCACAAGAAGGGCCUGCAAAUGCUUUGGCACUAAAUAAGGACUGCAGUCAAGUUGUUAUUGCUGGGAGAAAUGUUUUUAAAGUAUUUUCAAUUGGAGAGGAUGAGUUUUCGGAAGUAUGCAAUCUUAGAGUGGGAAAGAAUUUGAAUCUCAAUUUUUCAUCGAUCGAUGUCGCCUGGAGCACUAUUGAGGAAAAUACUCUAGCCACAGCAGCCACCAAUGGAGCUGUUGUUGUGUGGAAUCUAGGCCGAUCUGGACGAUCCAAACAGGAACAUGUAUUUUCAGACCAUAAACGGACAGUCAACAAGGUAAGCUUCCAUUUAACGGAGCCCUCACUGUUGAUCUCUGGUUCGCAAGAUGGCAUGAUGAAAUGUUUCGAUCUACGCAUGAAAGAGGUGGCCAGGACGUUUAUCAGCAACACGGAGUCGAUCCGCGACGUGCAGUUCAGCCCGCACACGGCGCACCUGUUCGCCGCGGUGUCGGAGAACGGCACGGUGCAGCUGUGGGACGCGCGGCGGCACGAGCGCGCGCUGCACCAGUUCACCGCGCACUCGGGGCCCGUGUUCGCGUGCGACUGGCACCCGGACGUGCCCUGGCUGGCCACCGCGUCCAGGGAUAAGACGAUCAAGGUGUGGGACAUACACGCUAAGCCGAACUUGGAGCACACGAUAUAUACGAUAGCCUCUGUGGGACACGUCAAAUGGAGGCCACAGAAAAAGUACCAGGUGGCCUCCUGCGCCCUGGUGCUGGACUGCGCGGUGCACGUGUGGGACGUGCGGCGCCCGCACGUGCCGCUCGCCACGUUCGCGGAGCACCGUGACGUCACCACCGCCAUCGCCUGGCAGGCCUCGCCGCACGCCUUCCUCUCCACCAGCCGGGACUGCAGCCUGUACCGGCACCGGUUCGCGGAGGCGGCGCACCCGGUGCUGUGGGCGAACCCGCAGGGCGUGUGCGUGUCGGCGCGCUCGCAGGUGGCGCACGCGCUGCCCGAGCGGCCGCUGCCCGCGCGCGCGCCGCCCGCCGCCCCGCCCGCCGCGCCCCCGCCGCGCGCCCGCAAGCAGCCGACGGCGGGCUCGCUGAGCGCGGCGGCGCAGGCGGCGCUGGAGCGCGCGUUCCCGGGCGGCGCCGCGUCCACGCUGACGCGCCACGUGCCCGCCGGCGACGCGGCGCCCGUGCUGGCCUGCGCCGCGCGCUACCGCCUGGCCGGCGCCGCGCCGCACGAGCUGGCGCGCCACAACGCGCAGGUCGCGCGCGACGCCGAGCGGCACAUGGUGGCGCACGUGUGGGAGGUGGUGGCGGCGGUGUACAGCGCGCGCAGCGGGGCGGGGCGCGCGCCCGCGCCGCCGCCCCCGCGCGACCCGCCGCCCCGCGCCGACCCCGCGCCGCCCCACCCCACCUACAACGGCGCGGAGGAGGAGGUGGUGGAGGAGGCGGAGGAGUGGGAGAGCCGCACGCACAAGCACAGCGGCGUGCUCGGCCUGCCCACGCACACCAUCUACAUCCCGCCGCACAAGUACGCCAAGCGGGACAACGAGACGAGCGGGUGGGUGUCGGCGGCGACCGCUCACUACGUGGACGUGGACGCCGCCGAUUGGACGCUGCCCGAGGAGGCGUUCCCGCUGCGUGCGCACACGCACGCGCACGCGCAUGCGCACGCGCACGCACACCCGAACCCCGCACUCGACGAGCACGAUGAGCACGAGUCUGGAAACUUAAGCGGUCAAAUGAAUGGUGGAACAUCAGGUUCACCCGGAGGAUCCACCGGCUCAGGCUCUGUGCAGCCCUCUGGGGGUGUUGGAGGAGUUGGGGGCGGUGUGGGGGGAGCAGCUAACACAAACACGUCGCCUACGCUACAGAGAUCGAAUAGUCUCACUACAGCAGUUCAAUCGGCGCUGGGCGACGUGCAGACGGCGGCCACCGUGCUGCUGGCGCUGCAGGAGCGGCGCGGCGAGCUGCUGGCGCACGUGGACGAGCCCACGCAGGAGCAGUGGCUGCUGGGCUACGUGGAGCUGCUGCAGCGGCACAAGCGCUGGAGCCUGGCGGCGGAGGUGGUGCGCGCGGCGUGGCUGGGCAGCGUGUGGGGGCUGUCGCAGCAGUCCACGUCGGUGGCGGCGUGCUGCGCGCGCUGCGGGCGGCGCACGCGCGGCGCGGCGCCGUGCGAGCGCUGCCCGCCCGCGCCCGCGCCCGCGCCGCGCCGCGCCGUGUGCGCCGUGUGCGCGCGCGCCGUGCGCGGCCUGUUCGCCUGGUGCCAGGGCUGCUCGCACGGCGGCCACCUGCGCCACAUGCAGCGCUGGCACGCCAAGCACCGCCUCUGCCCCGCCGGCUGCGGCCACCACUGCCAGCUGGGCUAGCCGCAUCCCCCCCAACUCCCCACACUUGCAAAAUAUAUUCAUUGGAAAGGCCCUACGUAUAUAAAGAAUGUUACGACCACGCUCUUAUAAAAAUUUAAAUAAAGUACUAUGUGAGUUGAAUGCCCGACCAUAAAAUAGUCUAUACUCGAUGGAUUGUACUCGAGAUGUAAAUAAUGGUAUAUAUAUUUUGUAGAAUUUUUAAUCCUUAAAUUAUAUCAAUCGAAAUAUUACAUAUAAAAGGAGUGUCUUUCUUCAUAUAUUUAUCCAAAAAGGGGAAUUUUAUUGACAUGUAAGAGUACAAGAGCCGCUAUCCGCGCUAUCAUUAUCCGCCGCUAUCAUUCUUCUUUUUUAUUAAAUGGCAACCCCCGAUUCCACUGAACUCUAUCAUUGACAAAAUAUAAUUAUAUGUCCACAAUGUUGUAAUGUCUAAGCUGCGUAGAAUUAAGUAAAUAUGAACAGACAUAAAUGUUAUAUAUAAUGGUAUUGAUGUAUAUGUGUACAGACUGAAUUUAUACUGUUAUAUUUUUAAAAAUAAAACGAAAAAACUUG